CGCCGUGGGUCUGGUAACGGCUGUACCGUUCGCCAUGACGCAUCCAGCAGUGGAUUAUACCAGGAUUAACAGUACCUGGAAAGGUGAAAUCCAGCCAUCACAAAUGGGAAGCUAUUUUGAUAUAUAUUGUUUACUUAUAUUUGGAGGUAUUCCGUGGCAGGUGUAUAUACAGCGAUGUCUAGCAUGUAAGACUCCACAGAGAGCGAGAAUUGCUUCUUUCGUUGCUAGUAUAGGAUGUUUUCUGUUUGCUGUUCCAGCAGCAUGUCUGGGUAUCGCCGCUGCAGCCACAGAUUGGAACCAAACGACAUAUGGUGGUGAUGUACCAAUUCCCGCAACAAUGAUGAGCUACGUCCUACCAUUGGCGUUACAACACUUAUGUCCCGCACCGGUUGCCAUCAUUGGUUUAGGAGCAAUAUCCGCUGCUGUCAUGUCCUCUGCUGAUUCCAGUAUUUUAUCGUCUGCCUCUGUUUUUGCAAUGAAUAUUUUUAAACCCCUGUUUCGUCCACAGGCAUCAGAUGGUGAAAUAUCGUGGGUGAUUAGAAUAUCUGUUUUAGUGUGUGGUCUAUUGUCAACUCUUGUAGCUCUCAGCGCUCGUAGUGUUUAUGGCUUGUAUGUUCUAUGCUCAGAUCUGAUGUACGUCAUCAUGUUUCCACAACUAAUUUGCAUAUUGUACUUUAAAGGAACCAAUGCGUAUGGCAGUGUAACAGCCUUCGUCGUCAGUUUUACAUUGAGGAUCGUGGGAGGUGAAUCGUUACUUAGUCUUCCAGCCUUAGUUCAUUACCCUUUCUAUUCUCCGGAAUAUGGACAGAAUUUCCCGUUCAGAACCUUCGCAAUGAUUACCAGUUUCUUGAUUAUAGUGUCUCUGUCUAAACUAACGGAGAUGUUGUUUAGGAAAAACCUGAUUCCUAAAAAGUACGACGUUCUUAUGUGCUUAAGUGAUAAUAUAAGAGAAAAUGGCGAGCUUAGCAAAAGUAAUACACCACGGGUUUUCAAAAAUUUUGCAAUGGACGAUAUGUCAAAUGCGAAACGACGCCCGGGUUUUGAAGAAACAUAGGAGACACUCAAUUGAACGUUCCGGUGAUGAAUUCUCUCAAUCCAUCAUUUGGUAUCCAUCGAGUAAGAACAAGAAUUUCGGGCAUGCGUAAACCAUGAUACUAUCUCGACCAAUCACCACAGCUGUAAUUUUCGAUGACGUCACGGCUAGAUACCGAACUUGUUUGAGUGACAUUUGGAACAGUAACAAACUAAAAACUAAUAUAUGGCAUAACAAUUACUGGUGUGUUAACAUGUCUCGAUUCUCCUCACGUAGCAUCUGUUUUUUGGGACUGAAAGAAUUGUGAUGGUCUGAAAUCCGUGGCAUUCGAUUGUCAUUCGGAACGUUCUUUGCUGACAAGUUGUAAGUUCUAUAGCCUACUGUGUGUUCUGAAAAAUAAAAAUUAUGAUGUUGGA